CCCCCCCCCCAAAACAAAAAACAAAAAUCCAGAGGCUUUUCUUCAACUCAGCAGUAUCCACUCUCUCUUUGGUUUCCGAAGGUGUUUUUUUUUUGGGAGCAAAUCUUUGGUUUCCAAAGCUGUAAAGCUUUGAAAGCAGACAGGAGCUAACUUGAAGGAACUUUCAAUGGCUUUGCUGGAGGCUGACACUGAGUAUCUAAAGGAAAUCAACAGGGCUCGUCGUGAUCACCGUGCCCUUAUCGCCAGCAGGCCAGCGGGAAUUGCGCUCCUCUUAUGCUUCUCAUUGCGAACUGAUGAUGCCAAUACAAGGACUGGUGGACCAAAUGGCUUUAUGAGGAACGAGGAAGAGUAUUCCCAUGCUUCUAUCAAUGGCUUAAAGAAGGCUAUUGACUUCUGCAGGAAGUGAAAGUAAAGCGUCCUAAGAUCACGCAUCAGACCUCUACCUGUGGAAUGCUACUCGAGAAGCAGGUACAGGACCCUUUAAAAGAUGGCCAUGGUAUAAAGCUCUCAGUUUCAGUUGCUGGAACUAAUGGAAGGCACGGUGUAACCAAGUUAUCCAAGGGAAGAAAUCGACCACUGCUGAUGUGAUGUAUAUCAACAAGCAUGGCCUCCUAGAGGAUGAAGAAGCUCGCAACCACUGACAAAAAAUCUUUUGCUUGGAGUACUAUGGAAUGGAUGCGUUGGAACCCCCACCUCCAGAUUAUCUUCACUUUGAUAUUCAUGGAUUGGUGAAUUUCUCGGGACACAAAGCCUGUGUUGGAGUGUUGAGGAACUACAGAGGAGAUUGGAUUAUGGGCUUCCAACAAAGUUUGGACAUGGGAGGCUCCUCUGAAGCAGAACUAGAAGGAAUUAGGACUGGUCUUGAAUUGUGCAAGGAACACAGUUUGAACAAGAUUAGAUUUCACACAGGCUCCUUGGAAGGUAUAAAAUUGAUCACGAGAGACUGUUCACCACAUCACCCUUUAAGGUCAAUCAUUAAUCAGAUAAGGCACUUAAUUUGUCAGUUGGAAGAGGCAUAAAUUCUGCAUACAGGACGCAACUCAAUCAGCUGUGCUGAUUCACUUGCUUGGAACGCACAUAUUGUGGGCAUGGGAAUGAAAGAGUUACCUGAAGCUCCGUCAUGCUGCCGAGAAAUAUUCCAGAAAGAGGAGAGCUUAUUCUCUUCUAAUUUUCUGUAUUCUCCUUUCAAGCUCUGGCUUGCCUGAUGUAUCAAAAAAAUAAAAAAUAAAAAAAAGAGGAAGCUUCUUUCUCCUGCACUUUUUUCAUGCUAUGUUCAGGUAACUUGUGAUUUGCAGUAGCAUGCUUGUUAGCGUUCUGCCACUAAUCGUUAGAUUAGAUCCUUGGGCCUUAGAUCAUUGCUUUAUGUGAAAACUUAUUAGUGGUAUUUUUUUUUUCAAAGUAUUAUCCUCUGCAAGUUGCGAUGGAA